AUAAAAUCUUCCUCCCUAAAUUCUUAAACAAACAUUAACUGUUACCAAGAACUCCAAAUUUCCUGAAAAUGCUCAAUCAAUCACUCUCUGCUUAAAUUUUCGAUAUCUUAAAAUAUCAUUUUAUGGAUUCCUGAAGUGGACGCACCAAUCAUGCUGAAUCAUAGAGCGACAAAAACCUCAUCACUCCAUCCUUUUACAAUGGUGAAGAAGAUGAACUAAAUAUGCAGCCAUUAAUGAAAAUCUUCAACUCCACUUGACCUCUAAACAGAGCAAAAUGUUGAAAGCAGUAGGCUUCAUCAGCGUAGCCACUUCAAUUUAUUUCCUAUUUCUAACACUCCCGCAAAAUUCCUUCUACCACUCUCUCUUCAUAUCCGAAUCCUUCUCCAACAAUGAAUCCAUCUCCCACCACCUCUAUAUGCUCACGCGCCGCCCCCACAUCGCCGGCUCCGAAGCCAACGCGGAGGCCGCCGCCUACGUCCUCUCCACCCUCACCUCCUACGGCGUUCCCUCCCACAUAGCGCCCUACUACACAGCAUUGACUUACCCGGUCUCGCGCUCCUUAACCCUAACCCUCCCGCCGCCGCAGCCGCCGCUCCACUUCACUCUCCGCCAGGAGAUAUACGACGGAGAUCCCUACGCCGACGUGGCCGGCGAGGUGGAACCCACGUUCCACGGGUACGCCAAGUCGGGAUCCGCCGCCGGCCCCGCCGUGUACGUGAACUACGGCCGCGUCGAGGACUACGCGACGCUGGCGGGGAUGGGGGUGAACGUGUCCGGAGCCGUCGUGCUGGCGAGGUACGGGGAGAUUUACAGAGGCGACAUAGUACUGAACGCGCAGGCAGCCGGCGCUGUUGGCGCCUUGAUUUACACGGAUAGGAAGGACUACGGCGGCGAGAAGUGGUUUCCCGACGACAAGUGGAUGCCGCCGAGCGGCGUGCAGGUGGGAUCGGUUUAUACCGGAGCCGGCGAUCCGACGACGCCGGGAUGGCCGAGCACGGAGGAGUGUGAGAGGAUAUCGGAGGAGGAGGUGGAGGAAUCCGGCGAGGUGCCGCUGAUUCCUUCGCUGCCGAUUUCGUGGGCCGACGGCGAGGCGAUCAUUAGGUCGAUUGGGGGACAGGUGGCGGAUGAGGAUGGCAGGGAGGGGAAAGGCGCUGGUGUUUAUAGAGUGGGCCCGGGCCCGGGAGUUGUGAAUUUGAGUUAUCAGGGAAAACAAGUCAUAACCAAAAUUGAGAAUGUAAUUGGGAUCAUCCAGGGAGGAGUGGAACCUGAUAGGUUUGUGAUUCUUGGUAAUCAUCGAGAUGCAUGGACAUUUGGAGCUGCGGAUCCCAACAGUGGCACGGCAUGUUUGCUUGAGGUUGCUCAAAGAAUGUGGAAGCUUCAGAAAAAGGGGUGGAAGCCUAGACGAACCAUUAUAUUCUGCAACUGGGAUGCUGAGGAGUAUGGCCUGAUAGGAUCAGUAGAAUGGGUUGAGGAAAACAGACAAAUGUUGGAAUCAAGAGCUGUGGCUUACUUGAAUGUCGAUGUUGCAGUUGCCGGAGCUGGAUUUGACACCUCUGCAACUCCACAGCUCGAUGAACUGCUUGUACAAUCUGCUAAGCAGGUUCUGGACCCGGACAACUCAUCACAAACCAUAUAUGAUUCCUGGAUUAGCUUGACAAACAGUGCUGAGAUUGGUAGACUGGGAGGCGCAGGGUCGGAUUAUUCAGCAUUUGUGCAACAUAUUGGUGUUCCUUCAGCAGAUAUUGCCUUUGGAGGAAGUUAUCCAGUCUACCACUCGAUGUACGAUGACUUCGUUUGGAUGAGCAAAUUUGGGGAUCCAAUGUUUCGAAGGCAUGCAGCAGUUGCAAGUAUUUGGGGUUUAGUGGCACUUAGGCUAGCAGACGACGUGAUAUUACCUUUCAACUACCUCUCUUAUGCUCACGAGCUUCAGAAAAGUGUGAAACAAUUGGAAGGUCAAGUGUUGCAUAGAGGCCUUACCCUUGUUCCCAUGAUCAACUCCAUCAAUGAAUUCAAGAAAGCAGCUAUUCAUAUCAAUGAUGAGAUAAAGGCGCUAGAAGCUGGAAGUUGGACAGCAAUGCGGAAAGAUGGCCAGGAAGUAAGUGAGUUGAAUGACCGGCUCAUGAUGGCCGAACGAGCAUUCACAGAUCCAGAGGGUCUCAAAGGAAGACCGUGGUAUAAGCAUUUGAUAUACGCCCCAGCAAAGCACAAUGACUAUGGUUCCACGUCGUUUCCUGGGAUAAGCGACGCAAUUGAGAAGGCGAAGAGCCUAAAUACUACAGAGUCGUGGCAUUCUGCGCAACAUGAGAUUUGGAGAGUGUCUAGAGUCAUUACACAGGCCUCAUUAUGCCUCAAAGGUGACCUGACAUGAAAGUUUUGCUGUUUUGUUGCAACAUAUAGCUUGGAACCAAUUCUGAUGUAAAUAGUUAAGUUAUUGAUGUAUAACUAAUUAAAUUUAGAUGGCUGCCAUGCAUAGAAUAGUUAUGAUGUUUAGGGUCACUGUAUUUUCAUUUUUAUUUGUCAAAGACUCAAAGUAUACAUUGUAAUUCUGCACUUGUAACGUAAAAUAAACACUAUUAAGGAAGUGUUUACUUCAAGGAUUACUCUUGAUAGAUAAAAAUAGUAAGGUCAAUUCCUUAUUUAUUUA